AUUUAUAGCCAGAAUAGAGGGACUGGAGCCCCAACAAUCUGCGCUUUCAGACGAAAUGCUGCGAUUCGUGCUGGCCGCCGUGUUCCUGGGAUCUGCGUCUGCAGCUUCUCUGGGGGUGGUGUACACCGAAGGAGGAAUGGUGGAAGGAGAACACAAGAGCCUGGGCCUCUUGCAUUCCAUGGACGUCUUUCGGGGCAUUCCGUUUGCCGCUCAACCUGGAAGGUUCGAGAAGCCCCAGCCUCACCCCGGCUGGGAUGGUGUCCUCAAGGCUACGAAGUUCCAGAAGAGAUGCCUGCAGCUGGACUUCACCCAGACAAGUACUAUGGGCAGCGAGGAUUGUCUCUACUUGAACAUCUGGAUUCCUCAGGGCACCCAAGUGUCUACUGGUCUCCCAGUCAUGAUCUUCAUCUACGGUGGUGGUUUCCUGAUGGGAGGAUCUCAAGGACCCAACUUCCUGGACAACUAUCUGUAUGAUGGCACGGAAAUUGCCCACCGAGGCAAUGUUAUCGUAGUGACCAUCAACUACCGAGUGGGAACUCUGGGAUUCCUCAGCACAGGAGAUGCCAGCGGACCAGGAAACUAUGGACUGUGGGACCAGCAUGCCGCCAUCGCUUGGGUGUACAGAAAUAUCAAAGCCUUCGGAGGCGACUCCAGUAACAUCUCCAUUUUUGGAGAGUCGGCUGGUGCCGCCAGUGUGAACUUCCAGAUUCUUACUCCGCAUAACAAGGGACUGAUCCGAAGGGCAAUCUCCCAGAGCGGUGUUGCCCUCUGUCCCUGGGCUAUCAACAGGAACCCCCGUGCCAUUGCUGAGCAGAUCGCCAAGAAGGUGGCCUGCCCCACAGACGAGAAGCUGAUGAGCUGCCUCAAGAUGGUCGACCCUGUGCAACUCACCCUCGCUGGCCCCGUGAAACUCAAGGGCUCUCCGGAAGACCCAGUUGUGUUCCACCUUGUCCUAUCCCCGGUGGUGGAUGGUGACUUCCUUCCUGAUGACCCUGCCAACCUCUUCCCCAAUGCUGCCAACGUCGACUACAUUGCUGGUAUCAACAACUGUGACGGCCACAUGUUCACCGGCUUAGAUGUCCCGUCUAUCAACCAACCCUUUCACCACACUGAACCGGCAGUUGUGAAACAGCUACUGACCACCUUUACCAAGGAUAAGGGGGAGGAAGCAGUCACCUUGGGCUACCAAGCAUACACCAGCAGCUGGGGUGACAAGCCCAGCCAGGAAACCAUCAAACGGACUGUCGUGGAUCUCGAGACUGACUACAUCUUCCUCGUGCCUACACAGACAGCGCUCUAUCUGCAUGCAAAGCAUGCCAAAAUGGCACAGACCUACUCCUACGUAUUUUCCAUGCCCUCCCGAAUGCCAGGCUUCCCCAGCUGGAUGGGGGCCGACCAUGCAGAUGAUCUGCAGUAUAUCUUCGGCAAGCCCUUCACCACACCCCUAGCCUACUUACCUCGCUACCGUGAUGUGUCUAAGUACAUGAUAGCCUACUGGACAAACUUUGCCAAGACCGGGAACCCCAACGAAGGGGAGUCGUCUGUUCCAACCCAAUGGCCUAACUUCACCAGCACGAAUAAUCUGUACCUGGAGAUCAACAACAAGAUUAACACAGACUCUGUGAAGCAACGGCUGAGGACCCGCUUUGUAUACUACUGGGACGUCACCUACAUGGACUUGCCCACGGUCAACAGUACAUCUCCAAAAUAACUGCCCAUGGGCGAAGCCUUUCUCACCUAUCAUCUGUCAUGGCUAAAGGUCACCAAUUCUGUCAUAAUAAUGAUAAUAAUUUGAAGCAUAUUAGACUGAUUGAUUUUUUUUUGGGUUGGUACAUGACCUUUAUCAUCAUGUCAAGUAAAUGAUCACAAUAUAUAAGUGAAAUUGUUA